GACGAGCAGAAGGGACAGAAGCUGUGCUGCGGCGCUGUGAGUCGGUCCGAGGUGCUCAGCCCCUUCAUGCUGCAGCCGCCUGCUCAUCAUGGAGUCCUUGCUGUGGCUGUGCAGCCUCGUGGUCCCGGUGGUCCUGGCUGUGGAAGAAACCCUCAUGGACAGCCGGUGGGCCACCACAGAGCUGGCUUGGACCACAUUUCCAGAGAGCGGGUGGGAGGAAGUUAGUGGCUACGAUGACUCCAUGAGCCCAAUCAGAACCUAUCAAGUGUGUAACGUCAAACAGCCUAACCAGAACAACUGGCUGAGGACAGACUUCGUCCCCCGCAGGGGUGUUCUGCGCGUCUACGUCGAGCUCAAAUUCUCCGUCCGCGACUGCGCAAGCAUCCCCAACAUCCCGGGCUCCUGCAAAGAGACCUUCAAUCUGUUUUACUACGAGUCAGAGGGGGACAUGGCUACAGACACCAGCCCUCUAUGGAGGGAGAACCCUUAUGUGAAGGUGGAUACUAUUGCUCCUGACGAGAGUUUUUCUCUGCUAGAGGCGGGUAGGAUCAACACCAAAGUGCGCAGCUUCGGCCCCCUCUCCAAGGCAGGUUUCUACCUGGCCUUCCAGGACCUGGGAGCCUGCAUGUCCCUCAUCUCUGUCAGGGUUUUCUUCAAGAAGUGCUCCACAACCAUUGCCAAUUUUGCUGUUUUCCCCGAGACCGCCACGGGUGCGGAAGCCACUUCUUUGGUGAUCGCUCCGGGGGCCUGUGUGGCCAAUGCUAUGGAAUUGUCCGUCCCCCUGAAGUUGUACUGCAAUGGGGAUGGCGAAUGGAUGGUUCCUGUGGGCUCAUGCACAUGCGUCGCUGGCUUUGAACCCUCUGCGGAUAGCACACAGUGCCAGGCCUGCAUCCCUGGGACAUUCAAAUCCAAAUUCGGAGAGGGAACAUGUGCUCCCUGCCCGUCCAACAGUCGCACCGGUUCACGAGGAGCCAACGUUUGUCCCUGCCAGAAUGGUUUCUACCGCUCUGACAGUGACCCUCCAGAGUCCUCCUGCACCACUAUUCCCUCAGCGCCACGCAGCGUCAUAUCUAGCGUCAAUGAAACCUCCCUGUCCCUGGAGUGGGAGGAGCCUGACGACACAGGUGGGCGUGGCGAUCUUGUCUACAAUGUGGUGUGUAAGAAGUGCCUCCGCGACAGGAGCCCGUGCACACGCUGCGACGACAACGUGGACAUUGCGCCACGCAAACUGGGGCUGAGGUCGAGAAAGGUGGUGGUGAGGAACCUGCAGGCUCACACCCGCUACAGCUUUGAGGUGCAGGCCGUCAACGGCGUGUCUGGGAAAAACCCUGUCCCGCCCAACUACUCCACGGUCAACAUCACCACCAACCAGGCCGCGCCUUCAGCUGUCCCGACCGUCCACCUGAUGCGCUCUUCCUCAGACACUCUCAGCUUGUCCUGGCUGCCCCCUGAGAAACCCAACGGAGUCAUCCUCGACUAUGAGAUUAAAUACCAGGAGAGGGGCCAGGCGAUGUCUCACACCGUCACAUCUCAGCACAGCUCUGCCAAGGUGGACGGGCUGAGGGCGGCCACGCCGUACGUGGUGCAAGUCAGAGCUCGCACCGUCGCAGGAUACGGACGUUAUAGCAACCCUAUGGACUUCAGCACCAGCCUGCACAGUGACCCUCAGAAGUCGGUGCAAGACCAGCUGCCUCUCAUCAUCGGCUCGGCGUCCGCAGGUCUGGUGGUCGUUGUUGCCUUGGUGGUUAUCGCUAUUGUCUGCCUUAAGAAGCAGCGCAGCGGGUCGGAGCUGGAGUACACGGAGAAACUUCAGCAGUACAUUUCCCCCGGAGUCAAAGUUUACAUCGACCCCUUCACUUACGAAGACCCCAACGACGCCAUUCAUGAGUUUGCCAAAGAGAUCGACAUCUCUUGUGUGAAGAUAGAGGAAGUCAUCGGAGCAGGUGAAUUUGGGGAGGUGUGCCGCGGUCGGGUCAAGCAGCCCGGGCGCAGGGAGAUGGUGGUGGCGAUCAAGACGCUGAAGGCGGGCUACACAGAGCGCCAGAGGAGGGACUUCCUGGCAGAAGCCUCCAUCAUGGGCCAGUUCGAUCACCCCAACGUAAUUCGACUGGAGGGCGUCCUGACCCGAAGCUGUCCCGUCCUCAUCAUCACCGAGUUUAUGGAAAACGGAGCACUGGAUUCCUUCCUCAGGCUUAACGAUGGGCGCUUCACCAUGACUCAGCUGGUUGGGAUGCUACGCGGGAUCGCUGCAGGGAUGAAGUACCUGUCAGACAUGAACUAUGUACACCGUGACCUUGCAGCCAGAAAUAUCCUGGUCAACAGCAACUUAGUGUGCAAGGUCUCCGACUUUGGCCUCUCCCGCUUUCUAGAUGACACUUCUGCUGACCCCACUUACACAAGCUCUCUGGGAGGGAAGAUUCCCAUUCGGUGGACAGCACCAGAGGCCAUCGCCUUCAGGAAGUUCACCUCAGCCAGUGACGUAUGGAGUUACGGCAUCGUCAUGUGGGAGGUGGUGUCCUACGGAGAGAGGCCUUACUGGGACAUGAGCAACCAGGAUGUGAUGACGGCAGUGGAGCAGGACUACCGUCUGCCCCCUCCAAUGGACUGUCCCAUGGUGCUGCACCAACUGAUGCUGGAGUGUUGGAUGAAGGAGAGAAACCUUAGGCCCAAGUUCUCUCGCAUUGUUAGCACCCUGGACAAGCUGCUCCGCAACGCCGCUAGCCUCAAGGUGGUAACCAGCACCUACUCAGGGGACCUGCUGCGGCUGGGAGGGACGCUGCCGGGACACAACAGGAAGAGCCCGGACAGCAGCCAGGAAAUCAUCCGGCAACAGAUGAGCCAAACACUCCCCAUCAGAGUGUGAACUGCUGCAAAUUAAAGGAUACAGAACGAGGAUAAAAUAAAUUGCAACUACCUAAACUCUGAUCCAGAGAGAGCCUGAUGUAAAUUUAAUCAAAAAAGAGGAAAAUAAAAGAUGGAGGCCCCCAGUUCUGUGAAGGUGGACACUUUGAGGGUUUCUUCCCCACCAGACACUGAACGUCUGUACAAAGAGAACUUGCCAUCGCGGUGUGUGUUCAUUACUCGACACUUGUGGAUUUGUGACUGUUGACAUGAAGCCAAACUUCUUCUCUUCCUCUCAGGUUGUGUUCUGCAUGCCUGCAUGUGUUUUCUGCUGGUUGGGAAUCUGUCUUUCCUCCUCUUCGCCCUCGCACAACGAAGGCGAGCUCCGUGAGACAAUUAGGCGUCUGGAUGACGCAACAGU